AGAAACUCUUGAAAUUCCGGUUAACAUGGGUAACACGGCUACUCAGCCACUGUCAGUCGCCUUAAGCGACUUACUGAGAGAAAAGGGAUUACAAAUGAAACGAGAACAAAUUCAAAACUUCCUCGAUCAGGUAGAUAAGGUAGCACCUUGGUUUGGUCCCACGGGGGUCCAUUACCAUCCCCAGCUGGGAUAAAUUAGGGAGAGAUCUUGACUUUGCAGCAGAAAAUGGCCUCCUGGAGCCAGGAGUCAGACCCCUUUGGGCAGUAGUGAGAAGCUGCCUCACAGACACCUCUUGUUGUGACCAUAUAAGGGCUGGCGCCAUGGCGCUUGAUUACCAUCAGGCAGAAUCCUCCCGCGAGCAAUCUCGUGAGUCCAGUGCCGCAGGCGAGGUGACCCCACCCAACCCAGAAACAAAGGACUCGUCAGAUAAUGAGGGGGAGGAAGAAGAAGUAUACAAAAUGGUCGAUGCAGACACCACCGAAAGAGGGGAAGUCACACACACGCAGUCGAGAGGGCCUUACUCUGAGGCCAUAAAUGAGCUGCAACGCAAGAUUUCUCAGAGUAAAUGGGUCAAUGAAAGUGAGUACGGGAUCCCAGGGCCACCCCGUAUAAGACCUAUGGCUCUACCUCCCGACCCACCAGAUUAUCAUGCUCACCGGAGACCCUGCCAUCAGCUAUGUAGCUGUCCGCAACGGGUCCAGACGUCCCCUGGGACAUUCCAGGAAGACCUUUGGCAUCAAGUCAAAAGAGAGGACCCAGGAGGCCUGGGCCGUUUUCUCCGGGCUUUUCUGGUUGCUGUAGAUGCUCAGGGAAACAGAGCCCACCUGCCUAUAGAUAUGAAGGCGAUAAAGCAUCUUAAGGAGGCCAGCACCAUGUACGGUGUUAACGGGGCGUAUACCCUGUCCCUAGUAGAAGCCCUGGCAGGAAAUGCCAUGACACCUGCUGAUUGGGCCAGUUUGUGCAAGGCAGUGCUCAGCCCAGGCCAAUAUCUUGAUUGGAAAGCUUGGAAUGUUGAACUUGCCACAGAACAGGCCCAAGCUAAUGCCCAGAACAAUCAGGCCGCCUGGAACGCGGAUAUGUUAUUAGGACAAGGGCAGUAUCUCAAUAACCAGCUGAUAUUCCCACAAGAGGUGUAUGCACAGAUAAAUAGAAUAGCCAUACAAGCAUGGAAACGGGUCUCGGCUAGGGGAGAAGUCUCAGGCCACUUGACAAAAAUUUUGCAGGGCCCGAGCGAGCCUUUUUCAGAUUUUGUGGCCCGCAUGAUGGAGGCGGCAGGGAGAAUUUUUGGAGACGCAGAGACAGCCAUGCCGCUCAUUAAGCAGCUCACAGCUGCUCUGGGUCAGCACCAGGUAUAGUUCGUUAACUUGGCAGGAGUCGGGGCUUGCCAUUGUUGACGGCCCUACCACGAGACAAAGCAGAAGCCGCAUCCAAACUUAUUCAAGAGCAAUUAAAGUUAGGCCAUAUCAAACCCUCAAGUCUAUUCUGUUUAAACAAAAGGAGGGUAUUGCCCAGGGCAUGACACCUAGGGCCAGACUAAAUCUUGCCCUCUUCACUUACAAUUUUGUAAACAUCAACCCACAAGGAUCCACGCCAGCACAGCUACAUGCCAACCCUGUCGCACCCAAACAUGGUUGGGUACGCUGGAAAGACCUCCUGCGUGGGGUGUGGAGAGGCCCCAGCCCAGUACUUAGUUGGGCGAGAGGGGCGGUCUGUAUCUUCCCGCAGGAAGAAGGCAGCGAACCUGUCUGGGUCCCGGAACGCCUGAUACGUCCCUGCAAACCACCAGACCCCGACCCAGAGGAAACGUCAACCACAGAACAGGGGAACCAACAGGAGCCUCACAAGCCAGACCUAGCAAGUAUACCCACAACUCCCAUUAACUAUGGCACCUUGGCCAACUCCCCUGGUACUCCAGUUCGCACCGGUUCCAGUUAUGGCGGACUCAGACGAGUUUCCUGUGAUCCAGCUCGGGCCAACUCUCCAAUUGGCUUUCAUAAAGGAAUGGGCAGAAAUAGGGGCUCUGGCUACCAUGACUACACUUGCCGCAUUCGGCAGUCUACUUCUGCUCUGUCGGAUUCGCAGACAAAGGAAUAGGGACAAAGUAUCAAACAAGCAUUGCUGAUCAUGGAAUCUGGUCAAAGCCCGGCAGCAUGGCUCGCCAUGCUGUGACGCAGGUGUGGAGCAAAGCAUCGCAGGGGGUGUCGUCCUUGGCCAGGAGACACCCCGGUCCCCAUGUCGGUGAGCAUGCGGGUUGGGCUCAUAAAACAAUACUCCCGCCCCCUCCAAAAGAGCACCAA